AUGAAUCAAUGGGCUACGAAGUACAAGCUGCAGUACAGAAACAAUAGCACGGCUUUUCAAUACUACAAGGAAAAUGGACAAGUUGAAGACAAGUUAAAGAGCAUUUGUUACAAUUAACAUUGUCUGGUACAGUAAAAUGUAUAUAAAGCCUUGCCCACCCCUUUGGCUUGGUCUACUACAACUCUCCUCUUCCUCUAUUCGCCCCAACAGGUGUGCCUUGUACUUCAUACCUCAUACCGAACUACAUGGCCGGAACAUCAGGCAGUACAGGGGGGGUUGGGAUUGACAGUCGUAUGAAACAAAAACGACGUAAGGUGACAACUGAAGUUAUUACCAUAUAGCCGGCUGUCAUAUUUUUUAUAUUACAGAUAUACUAGAAAUAUACAGGCACUGUCAAGUUUGAAAUUUAUGCGGGUUACGUUUACCAAAAAUAAAAAAUAAGACAGUACAACUAUCAAUUUAAAUUUAAGCUCGACAUACAUAGUUAAAUUUUAAACAACACAGACUUCGUAGAGUUUUUUUUUAGAUGCGCGUCGCUAAAAAUACGUUCCUUUUUUAUCGUGAAUCGGGACUGAUUAAUGGAAAUAAAAUAAGCUAAAAGGCGAGAAGAAUAUGGAUAGAGAUCAGCUUGUCAAACAUCAACGAUGAUAUUUUAAAAUAUCAUAGUGAUAUUCACUGAUAAAGAGAUAAAGACCAUAGAAAUGACGUAAUGAAAUAUUGGCGCGGUUUCUUAUCCGUCUCUCACACGCGAUUUUUUCCAAGAAACUCUUGAAACAGAAAGUCUUCGAUGUUAAUCCAAAAGCAAAUAACCCACCUAGAUUUUCCGUGAUCUACUUUUAUGUAAUAACAAAAUAACAUUGAUACAUGAACACAAUGGAAAACUUGGGUCCAUUCUUUUCUUAAUGAUCUUUCUCAAGGUGUUUACUGGGAAUACAGACCGUAAUAUCGUUGUUUGUCGUAAAUUGAACAAGCCAAUCAGAGCACGCUACGUCUGUGUUCAUCGUGAUCCAAUAGCGUGGCAUGGACACAUAUCAAUGAGAGUGGAGCUGUUUGGCUGUAAUUAUACGAGAUGUAAGGCUUGA